UUGAAGAAGAAGAAAAGGAGAAGGCGGAAGUAGAAGAACUGUCAUGACCGUACUAUUAGGAUGCUCUUUUAUUCUUGUAGCGUGCUUGCUACUUAUACGUUUAUAUAUAGUUGUCAGGAAUGGGCGCAACUCUAAACUUGGUAACAAAGGUCGGAUUGGGCUCCUUGUCGUUGCAGGAUCAGCCACUUACAAGGCAGUGGUUGCCGCAGCAGGUCUAUGUGUUUUCAGGUGGUCACACUACAGAAAUCCUGCGAUUGAUGAAGAGCCUUUCCAGUGCCUACUCACCUCGAUUCUACAUUAUUGCCGAUACAGAUACGAUGAGUGAAGAAAGAAUCCGUGCAUUUGAAAAAUCCAAACAGAUCUUGGAUUGUGAUCCACAAUUUACCAUUCAUCGGAUCCCUCGGAGCCGAGAGGUCCAUCAGUCAUGGAGCUCUUCAGUUUUAAGCACACUGAAUGCCCAAUUUUACGCUAUACCCCUGAUCUUCAGGCUCAGACCAGAUAUGGUGCUGUGUAAUGGCCCAGGAACCUGUGUUCCCCUUUGCCUCGGAGGACUCCUGCUUGGAAUUGUGGGAAUUAAGAAAGUCAUGAUUGUUUUUGUUGAAAGCCUUUGUCGGGUGGAGUCGUUGUCGCUCACAGGGAAAAUCCUUUACCACGUUUCAGACUUUUUUUUUGUGCAGUGGGCCAGUCUGAGGAACAGCUAUCCAAAGUCUAUUUUCCUCGGCAGAAUUGUGUAAUUAUUACUUUUGUAUCAAGAAGGUGGCGCACAGAAUGUUUUUGGAUCAAUGUUACUUUUUAAUUUUUUUUCUUGACUUCACACCUUGCUCGCUUGUAAAACAAGUCGGCUGGCUCUGUCCGGGACAAUAUGCCUUAAUGGACUGUGGGAUUUUCUUACUUCAUUUCCACACAUGCAUUCAUAUUCAACCUAUUCCAACUUUUUUACUAUGCCUACUGUCUCCAAGAAUUCUCCCCUAUUAAAAAUCCGACAUUCUCUCUCCAUUA